CAUGUUUCCAUCACUCCACAUUUUCUGAUCCGAUAUGGCCAGGCACCGAUAUCACUGCAUGCGCGUAAAAUCCAAAAGAGUUUCAGCGUCCAAAUCAAUGAUGAGCUGCAGACUGGAUUGAAAGCAGGCAUAACAGCCGAGUUCCCAAUCCUUGGCUGGCAGCGUAGCGUAGCGGCCGCAUUCCGUCCCGCUUCCCCCUCCUGCUCAUCGACUUCCCAGCAUCCACCGGCUCCCUUAUCACCACAACAACAAACAAAACAACAGCAGUUGAUUUUGUCUCUGUCGACAUCUUCUUUCGCUGAGCCCGGCCUCCUCCCAAAUCCUUCCACUGCACCAUUUCUCCAAUUCUCAAUAUUUCAACCAGUUCGUCACAAUGGCCGCCGUCGCGAGCCAGACAACACAAACAGGACAAGAUGAGGUUACUGACCUCAGCAAGCAAUAUGAUACCCCAAUGGGCCUUGCACACACAACGAUGCAAGCUCUGAAAGACCGCAUCAAGCUUCAUUAUGACCUGGCGAGCGACUACUACCUAAACCUGUGGGGAGAGCAUAUUCACCACGGCUACUGGGCCACAGACGAGGCCAAGGCCAAGGACACCAAGGAAGUUGCCCAGGUCAACCUAAUCCGCCUCCUCCUUGAAAUCUCCAAGGUCUCAGAGGGCGCUCGUGUUCUCGAUACUGGCUGUGGCAUUGGCGGCACCUCGCGCUUCCUCGCCUCCGAGUUGGGAUGCACCGUAACCGGCAUCACCAUCUCCACCAAGCAAGUUGAAAUGGCGACCAGGUUGACCAAGGCCGAGGCCGCUAAACAGAUCCAGGGUGACGACAAGACCGUCACCCCAGAUGCCGAUGGCUUCAUUGCGCUCGGAAAGGGCAAGGUCAGGUUUCUUGAGCUCGACGCCGAGAAGAUGGGCGAGUAUUUCGCCUCGGACGCCGGCACUUUCGAUGCUGUGUGGAUCAGUGAAGCUUUGAGCCACUUUCCCAACAAGGCUCUUUUCUUCCAGAAUGCCUUCAAGGUUCUCAAGCAGGGCGGAAAGCUGGUUCUUGCCGACUGGUUCAAGGGCGAAGAACUCAACCAAACGCAGUUUGACAAUGACAUCAAACCUAUCGAAGACGGCAUGCUGCUCCCGCCUCUGUGCACCCAGCCCGACUAUGUUAAGCUCGCUACAGAUGCUGGACUCAAAGUCUUCCAUGAGCCCAAGGAUAUUAGCAAGGAUGUCAGCAAGACAUGGGACAUUUCCUGGUCGCUGGUACAAAACCCUUCUUUGUGGGCUUUUGCCUUCAGCCAGGGCAGAGACGGCAUCGCCUUCCUGCAAGCCUUCCGCGCGAUGAGGAGAGGAUACUCCAAUGGCAGCUUCCGAUACGCCGUCAUGUCAUUCCAGAACACCCCUGCUCCUGUUAUCACUACAGUCCGAGAGCAAAGCUACCCCACCUCAAUUGACAUCUCCCGACCCCAGCCCCCGCCCCCGCCUGCUCAACUCUUAUCCUCCGGUCCGGUCCGGUCCGACCCGAGUAAAAUCAUGGCAACAUAUCCGCAACCCCGGAAUCAACGCGGCUCGGAGCUCGGCAUCUUAGUUCCACCUCGAAUGGACGUUGGCGAGCUUCGGAUUUCGAAGACCGAAAACAGGAUCAGCGGAUGGUCACCGAAUGCAUGA